AUGAGAGUAAUCUCUGAGAGAUAUCCUUUGUAUUCUCAGCAGAUACGUGUGAAGUUCAUUGGCCCCGAGAACAUCGUAGAUGGGGACCGUACCCUCAUCCUGGGAUUGAUAUGGAUAAUUAUCCUCAGAUUUCAAAUUCAGUUCAUCAGGCUCGAUAAGGAGGAAUUUGGUUCUAGAGCUGAAGUCCUUUCUGCCAAUGAUGCCCUACUGGUCUGGUGUCAGUGUAAGACUGCUAGCUACUCCAAUGUCAGUGUGAAAGACUUUUCCCGAAGUUGGAAUGAUGGGCUAGCUUUCAAUGCACUCAUUCAUGCUCACAGGCCUGACCUCAUCCAGUACAGCUCUCUGAGGCAUGAUCAGCCCAUCAGUAAUCUAAAUAACGCCUUCACUGUGGCUGAAAAGCAGCUGGGAAUCAUGAAACUGUUAGAUGCAGAGGAUGUGGCAGUGCCAUUUCCAGAUGAAAGAUCUAUCAUGACCUAUGUGUCAUUCUACUACCAUUAUUUUUCCAGAAUGAAGCAGGGCCAGACUGCCCAGAAAAGACUUGCUAAGAUUGUGUUCUUCUUGAAGGAGACAGAUGACUUGAAGUCUCAGUAUGAACACAAGGUCUCUGACCUCUUGAAAUGGAUAAGAGUCAAAGUGAAGGAACUGGAUGAUCAUUCGUUUCCCAACUCCCUGGAGGAAAUGCGCCUUCUCAUGGGCAAUUUUAAGAUCUUCCGCACUGUGGAGAAGCCUCCCAAGUACCGAGAGAAAGGGAUAAUUGAGGCCAUUUUUUUCAACAUCAGAACCAAACAGCGAGCCAACAACCAGCGUGUUUAUCUGCCUUCUGAAGGAAGGACACUGAGAGAUCUGGAAAAGGAAUGGAUCAUUCUGGAGAAAGCAGAGCACAACCGAGGAAAAGCAAUACAGCAGGAGCUGCUGAGACUCGAGAGAGUUGAACAACUAGUCCAGAGAUUUCAGAAGAAAGCUGCUAUCCGUGCAGCCUAUUUGGAGGACAUGAAGGAGAUCAUGAAGAAGCAGGAAGACUUGCAACCUAAUAGUGUGGAGGAAUUUGAGGCAGCCACAAGGAGGCUUGAGGCCAUUGAGGGAGACAUGCUUUCUCGAAACCAACGCUUCAAAGCACUCUCUGAGAUGGCAUUAGAAAUCAGACAGGAGAACUACCACGAUAAGAUUCAGAUUGCAAAAAGGCAAAAAGACAUUUUACAGCAAUGGAGGGAUAUUUUGAACGAGGUCAAAAGACAGAAACACUUUUUAAAAGACAUGCAAGGAGUUCUGAUUCUCCUACGAGAUAUCAAUACCAUUAUGGAACAACUGAAAGGGCUGCAGAUUCUAGUGAAUUCUCAGGAUUGUGGUAAAGAACUAUUGGAAGCUGUAGAUCUAUUGCAGAAACACAAAUUGGUUGCUUCCCAAGUCACUUCCCUUGGAGAGACAAUUAAGCAUAUUGAUGAAAGAGCGGAAGAGACCAUAAAGGGUAGAUUGCUCAAAGCCGAUGUGCUCCAAGCUAAACUUCGGAUACUCCAUCAGUUCUAUCAAAACUCUGUGGAUCUUUGCAAAACACGUCAGCAUCAACUGGAAGAUACUGUGAAGCUUUUUGAGUUUUUCCAUGAGUGCAAGGAAGAGGAGUACUGGCUAUUAGACAAGAGGAAGCUGGUGAAGACAAGAAUGUUAGGACGUAAUCUCAAUCACAUUUUGGCUUCUCUCCAAAGUCACAAGGCUCUACAAGAUGAGUGCAAUUUUCACCAAAUGAUUUGUUCUAAAAUCAACUGCAAAGGGUCUGAACUUAGUCAGAAAAGUCCUUCAAACCGGAAGGAUAUCCAAAGAAAGACUGACAAUAUCCAGCAAUUGUGGCAACAGCUCCAUAAUGAAGUGGUAAAUCAGAAAACCCAGUUGGAGGCAGCUGCUCUCAUCAAACAGUACUUUGCUGAUGCUGGUGAGGUGGACUCCCGGUUGCAGGAACUGCAUACCCUCCUAGCUAGUGAAGAUUAUGGGAAGGAUGUAUCGAGUGCUGAAUCUUUGUUGCAUCGCCACUUUCAUUUGGAGAAGGAACUUGGUACUUACUCAGCAGAAAUAAGCCACCUGGAAGAGCAGGUCCAUUGUGUGACACGACAAGCUGCUUCCAUUAUGGUAUCAGUGCCAACAUCAAACAUAGAGAUCAACAACAGCACAAACCAGAGGGUAACCAAAACACCAGCAAGACAUUAUGUGUCACGAGUUUCUGCCCAAACUACAGCCAUAAGACCAUUUGGAUCCGAUCCUCAUUUUGUUACAGAAAACAUCUGGAAGACUCAGAAUACGAUCAACUUAUUGUAUGAAAAACUACAAAUUAUGGCUGAGCACAGGAAAACAGAAUUAGAAGAAAGGAUCCGACUCUACCAGUUUUACAGCUCCUGUGAAGAAUUUCAGUCUUGGAUAGAUGACAAAGAAAAAUUUUUCAAGACCAUUCAGCCAAAGGCAGAUAAUGUGGAUGCUAUGCAGCAGAAAUACCAGAGUUUCCUAAUAGAAUUGGCUGCUGGGAAGAGUCAAUUGGAUGAUAUCAUUAGCUUAGCUGAUAUGUUUUCUAAGAGCAGCCCAGGAAAGCAGAAUGAAAUCCAAACCUGGAAAAAAGAGAUGUACUCGAGGUGGGAACGCUUGGAAGUAUUAAAAGAAGAAAAAGGUUCAGAGCUGAUUAGUGUGGUUGAUGUAAAAACAUUCCUUUUAGACUGCGAAAACACUCAAAGGUUGCUACAAGACAAGAAGGCUCAUCUUGAAGAUUUAGGACACAGAAACAACCCUGCUGUUCUUGAAUCAGAGAAACGCAAGCUUGCAACCUUUGAAAGAGAAGUCCUUGUGCUGGAGAGAAAAAUUGAAUACCUCAACAGUGUGGCUAAAUCGAUCAAGGAUACCAAUCCUUCAGAGAGCAGGGCCAUCAUGGAACAAGUAGAAGACAUGGAAGAACUGCUGUCAACAGUAAAGUCAAAGGCUGAUGAAGGAGGAAAGGCUCUGCAGAUAGCACAGGACCAGCAGGCUUUUCUGAAAGAGAACUGCAGGCUCCUACUAUGGGCAGAUGGCAUGAAGGAGAAAAUGACUAGUGAGGAGGUGGGGAUAGAUGUGGUCACUGCAGAGCAACUGCUGAAAGAACAUCAGGGUUUGUUGAAGGAAAUACACACUCAGAACUACAGAUUUAAGCAACUGCAAGAACUGGGCCAGAAAAUCAUGGAUGGUCCACCCAACAACAAAGCUUUGGAUGUUUAUGAUUCUGUGCACAAACUUACUCAGAAGAGGAAUGAGUUGGAUGAGUUGUGGGCAAAGCGUCGAAAGAGGCUCCAGGAAGGUGUGGAACUGCAGAAGUUCAACAAGGAAAUUGAUAGUAUUCAUGCUGCUCUCUCCAGCCAUGAAGCCUUUCUUCGGACUGAUAGUCUUGGGAACCACGUAGAUUCUGUUCGAAGUCUCCUGAAACGUCAUGAGGAUUUUGAACGAGUGCUGCUUGGACUGAAACACCGAGCAAACUUAGCCAAUGAGCAUGGAGAACAACUGGUAGAAAGGGGCCAUUUUGCUUCUGAAGUGAUUGAAGAGAGAAUAGCUGCUUUACGAGAAAGGUGGAAAUUGCUAACAAGCAGUAAUGAACAGAGAAAGAAGAGGUUACUAGAAUCACUACUUUUACAGGAGUUUAGUCAUGAUACUGCGGAGCUAUUGCUGUGGAUGGAGGAGAAGUACAAGACAGCAUCAGAUGAAUCCUACCGUGACCCAACCAAUGUCCUACGGAAGUUGAAAAAGCAUGAGGCUGCAGAGCAGGAAAUGAUGGCUAAUAAGAAGCAUUUUGUGGAGCUGAUGGUGGCAGGAAAUCAACUGGUUCAGGAUGGCCACUAUGCUGCAGAUUCUAUUCAGGAUAAAAUGUCAGAACUGAAGACGAAAUGGGAGAAGCUCUACAGCAAAAUGAUGGAGCGAGGAGACAAACUGAGGCAGGCUGGUCAGCAAGAACAAUUGAUGGAACUUCUCGAGGAUGCUGAAGAGAAAAUAGAGAAGAUAGAGAAGAUUCUUCAAGACACAGAGAUGGGCCAUGACUUACGUUCUAGCCGCAAUUUGCUCAAGGAGCACAGACAACUGGAAAAUGAGAUGCAGGGGUUGGCUGAGAAAAUGAGCUCCAUUGUGUACCAUGCUGAGAAAAUGGCUACAAAUCAUUUUGACAGUGAGAGGAUUCUGGAUGAAACACAGACAUAUUUAGAAAGGUUUGACUCUCUCCAAGAACCGCUUUCAGAAAGAGGUCAGGCACUGCAAGCAAGAGUUCAGCUGUUUCAGUUCUACCAUGACGUGGACAUGGAAAUGAAGUGGAUUCAUGAACGAAAGCCAGUUGCCAACUCCACAGACCGGGGCAAGUCCUUGAAUAUGGCUCAAAGCUUACUGCAGAAGCACAAGGAAUUGCAGGUAGAAGUGAAUGCUCAUAAACAUCAGGUUUCCAAGGUUCUAGAGAAAGGGAAAGCGAUGACAGAAAGCAAACACAUGCCAUCCCAGAAAAUCAAGGAAAAAUGUCAGGAGCUGAAUGAAAGCUGGAUGGAGCUGGAGAAGGCAUGUGAAGAAAGGAUUGACCAGCUGCAGCAGUCUGUUGCCUUCCAUCAGUACUUAAUGGAUGUCUCAGAUCUUGAGAGUUGGAUAUUAGAGAAGCUCCCACUGGUAACCAACAAAGACUGUGGUAAAGAUGACACUGCAACUCUCCAACUCAUUAAAAAACAUGAGACACUGGAGCAUGAACUCAACAUUCAUCAGAAUUUAGUAAAGGAACUAGCUGAAACCGCCAAAGCUCUACCCCUCUCUGCCUCCAUUCACUAUGAUGAAGUUGAUGCUCCUCAGGAACAGAUUCACUCACAGCUUCAGGAGCUUCAAGAUCUGGCUGUAGCAAGGAAGAAAAAGCUGGAGGAGACACUUGCAUUACAUGACUUCCUGAGAGAAUAUGAGGAUCUGGAAAACUGGAUUAGUCGCCAUAAGCAGAUGGCUUUUUCUGAAUGCUCUGGGACUGAUUAUGAGCAUGUCCUGCGUCUUCGUGCGAAAUAUGACACAUUCCAGCAUCAGAUAGAAGUUGCUGCCAAGAGGGUGGCUCUAUGUGAUCAGCUAGCAGAGGACAUGUUAGAUCAUGGACACUGUGAAUCAAGGGAGAUUCGGAAGAAGCAGAAACAAUUACGGAAUAAUUGGGAGGAAUUGCUGGAGAUAACAAAAGUUCGGGGGAAACAACUACAAGAUGCUGAGGUGACACACAAGUGCCUUCAAGACCUGACAGAAGCUCUCGCCUACAUUGAGGAGAAAUCAAAGAUCAUCCCCGAUGCCAUUGCUAAAGACCUGAGUGGUGUGCAAUCCCAGCUACGCAAACAUGCAACUCUUGAACAUGAAUUGUUUGGGACUGAGCAGCAGCUGCAGGAGCUGAUUGAUGCUGCAGAUGGCGUGCUCUGCCUGUGCUCUGAAAGUCAAGCCAUGGAGAUACAAGCAAAGCAACAGACCAUGGUCGAUAACUGGGAGGUCUUGAGAUGUAAAGUGCAACACUGCCGGGAACAGCUGGAACAAACCUCCAGACUGUACCACUUUCAAAACCAAGUACGGGACUAUUCUUCCUGGGCAUCUGAAAUGGUGAGAGAGAUGGCGAUUGAGGAAAAAAUUCGAGAUGUCUCAGCCACUGGUCUUCAGAUUAAUCAGCAUCAGCAGCUGUUGGCAGAGAUUGAGGCCCGUGAUGGGGUUUACGAACGGGUGUUACAGUUGGGACACGAGCUGCUGCUGGAGCAAAAAACAGCAGCGGAGGAAAUCCAAAAUGCACUACAAGCUCUGUUGGAAGCAAAGAGCAAAAUGUACUACAAAUGGUCCCAGAAGAAAGAUCACCUGGAAAAGAUCCAUCUUUUGCAAAUAUUCUACAGGGACUGUGAACACAUGGAAAAUAUCUCAAACUCCCAAGAGAUGCAUUUGAAAAGCAGCGACUUUGCGAAUGCGGUGGAUGAGGCAGAGCAACAAAUCAAGAAACAUGAGGCUUUUGAGAAGAUUCUGGUCUCCCAAGAAGAAAAGGAAUUGCUUCUUCGAUAUCAAGUAGAAAAGCUGCAAUGGGACAGUGAAGUAGAAGGCAAACAAAUCCAGCAUAAGCUGAAUACCGUCUUAGAGAAAAGGAGACACAUCAAAGAACUUUCUCAAAGCAGGCAAGAAAAACUGAAGACAGCUUUCCUGUUGGCUCUCUUCUACCAGAAUCUAGCAGAGGCAGAGAGCUGGAUAGAUGAGCGUAUGCAAAAGCUGGAAGACUCUUCUUUUCAAAAUCCCAGCAACCUGAGAGACAAGAUGAAGCUUCUUCAGAAGCAUCAGGUCUUUGAGACUGAGAUUCUGGCUCAUGAGGAUCUCAUUGCUACUGUUAAUAUGAUUGGAGGAGGCCUACUAGGCCAGAAUCAUCCCAAGUCAGGAGAGAUUCGGCGUAAAACUCGCUCACUUCAAGAACGUUGGGAGAUGCUGAAAGAGUCUGUUGCUGCACGUGGAAAGAUGCUUGAGGAGAGUAGAGAUUUCUUGGAGUUUCUACAAAAAGUGGACCAUGCAGAGGCCUGGAUUAGAGACAAGGAAGUCAUGAUUAAUAUAGGUGAUGUUGGAAAUGACUAUGAACAUUGCCUGCAACUUAUGAAAAGAUUGAAUGAGUUCCGAGGAGCAUCAGGGGGAGUGACAGUGGAUGAUGCUCAUAUUAAUGCCAUCAAUGCCAUUGCUGUGCGAUUAGAGAGAAGCAAUAAAGAAGAGAUGAAAACAAUAUACCAGCGCCGAAAGCAGCUUAAUGAGAGGUGGAACUGUUUUCAUGGUGAUCUAAAAACUUAUAGGCGAAAGUUGGAAGAAGCUUUGGCGAUCCAUGCCUUAAUCAGAGAAAUUGAUGAUGUCACUGAGAGAAUCACUGAAAAGACUGCGCUUAUUCAAGCACUGGAUUAUGGGAAAGAUGUGGAAAGUGCUGAAAACCUAAUCCGGAGACAUGAAGAAAUGGAGAGAGAAACUGGUAUCAUUCAAUCUAAAAUGGAGCCGCUGGAGCUUUACUCACUCCCACUUGGCAAAAGAAAUCUGUCCUUCUUAAGUGACAAGCUGAUUAGUAAACAAAAGGAAAUGAAAAACCAUUGGCUUCGACUCCAGGGUCUUGCCAAACAAAGGGGUGAGAAGUUGGCAGCCUCAUAUCAGCUCCACAAGUUUAACUCUGAAAUGAGGGAACUUUUAGACUGGAUUCAAGAUGUCAGGGGUCGAAUUGAAGUUGGAGGUCUUCCGAAAAGUCUUGCUGAAGCUGAAAGUAUGAUUGAGGAGCAUCAGGAAAAAAAGGCAGAAAUUGAAGCACGUGGGGAAAGAUUUGAAGCACUCAACGAUUACAGUCAGAAACUCACAAACUCUGGCCAUUAUGCAACUCCUGAGAUUCAUCAUUCCCUCAUCAGACUACAACAAGAAUUGACUCAAAUGAUCCAGGCUUGGCAAGAACAACAUCUAAAACUGAUUCAAGCCAAGGACUUGCAGAAAUUCUUUGGCUACAUGGAGCAGAAUGAAAGUUGGCUUGGAAGCAAAGAAGCCUUUCUAGCAAAUAAAGAUUUGGGGGAUUCAGUGUCCAGUGUGGAAAGCCUGCAGCAAAAACACAUGCAAUUGGAAAAGGACCUGGAAAUCCAACUGGAGAGGAUCGACAUGAUGGCCUCCUUUGCCCAACAGCUGAAAGACAAUCAGCACUAUGACUCUGAGAACAUAAUGAAUAAAUGCCAAGCAGUUCUGAGAAGAAAGGAGAGACUUUUGGAAAUGAGCUUAGCUCGUCGACAUCUGCUGGAGGAGUCAUGGCUGCUACAAAAGUUUCUCCAUAAUUCCUUUGAGGUUUCUGCCUGGAUGGCUGAGAAAAACAGCAUUGCCCUUGAUGAGAGCUGGAGAGACCUAAGCAGCCUGCAAGCCAAACUGCAAAAACACCAGACUUUCCAGGCCGAGGUUGUGGCCAACAGAAACCACCUCGAUAAUAUCAAAGCGGAAGGAGGGAGAAUGCUCCACCAGGGACAUUAUGCCUCAGAUGCCAUCCAGUCCAGGCUGCAAGAAAUAGAUGAGCUUUGGAAUGAGCUGCUAGAAAAUUGUCUUGAAAAAAAGAGAAAGAUGCUUGAUGCCUACAAGGCCCUACGUUUUCUACGCAUUGUGGAUGAUGUGGAGAAAUGGCUGGAAGAUCUGGAAAGUGAAAUGAAUCCACCAGAAGACAGCAAUAAUCUUCUGAUUCUGAAUGAUCUCCUAAAGAAACAGGAGGAACUGGAAGAAUGUUUUUUUGGACGCAAAGACCAAUUACAAAGUCUUAUCAACACAAUGCAAGAAUUCCAAGAAGGAAAGCAUUUUCUUGCAGAUGAGAUAGAGGAGAGAGUGGACCACGUGUUGCAUAGGUACAAAAGACUUAGGGAGCCAUUGCAGGAGAGGAGGGUGUCUUUGGAGGCCAGCAGGCUGCAGUACCAGUUUCUUCAGGAUUUCAAUGAGGAAUUAACCUGGAUUCAGGAGAAAUUUUCUCUGGUGUCCUCCAGAGACUGUGGCCAAUCUCUGGCAACUGUUCAGAGCCUACAGGAAAAGCAUCAGAAUUUAGAAAAUGAGAUUAACAGCCAUGACACUUUGACAAAAGCGGUGAUCAGCACGGGGCAGAAGCUGGUGAAGGGAGGGCAUGCUGCUUCGCAAGACAUCAUGCAACAGGUGAAAGAACUGGAGGUUUCCUUGGCAAACCUGAAAAAUGAGGCUCAAGAGAGAAGGAAGAGGCUCAUGCAGUCCUAUGAAGCCCAGCAUUUUCUCACAGAACUUUUGGAAGUGGAAUCCUGGAUGGCAGAUAGAGGUCUUGUUCUAGAAAUUCCAGAUUAUGGGAGGAAUGAAGAAUCGACUCAAGCUUUGAUUCGUAAAGUGGAGGCUGUCAAGCUGGACCUGGAAGGAUUUAAGCCCCGAAUUGAGAAGCUAAAAGUGACAGGAUGCUAUCUUUCUUCCAGUUACAACCCAGAGAGCUCAACUGCCCUUGCAAAGCUCCAGGCUGUCCAGGAAGAAUAUGCCUCUCUCCAGCAGAAGGCAGAGACUCAAAGGAAAGGUCUGGAAGAGCAAUCUCAGCUCCAUCAAUUUGAGAGGGACGUCCAACUGGUGGACUCCUGGCUUUUGAGCAAACAGAGUGUGGCUGAAUCUGAUAACUAUGGUCAGGAUUUGGAGGAUGUUGAGGUUCUGGAGAAAAAGUUUGAAGAUUUUAUAAAGGAGGUGAAAUCUCUUGGCCAUGCCAAGGUUCUCCAGGUAAAUGACCUGGCAUCCCACUUCCACAACAUGGGCCACAGCCAAAUAAGAGACAUCCAUAAAAAAACCCAGCAGGUCAAUAACUCAUGGGAGAGAUUGCGUCAAACCAUCCAGACAAGAGUAGAGAAUCUCAGGGCAGCUCAUCAGGUUCACCAAUACGAUCAUGAUGUAGAUGAUCUAAAGGGAUGGAUGCAGGAGAAAGAGGCUGUUCUGGACAGAGAAGAUUAUGGUUAUGACCUGCCAGGUGUGCAGACCCUCCUCAACCAACAUGAAGGAGUGGAAAGGGAACUAGCAGCCAUUGCAAAAGAGCUGGAAAGGGUAAGGGGAGAAGCCUGGCAUCUUGGCCGUCUGUACUCUCAGCCCAGAGACAACAUGAUGAGUAGACUGUCAGAAGUGGAUGAAUGUUGGAACACUCUGGAGUGGAAAUGUGCAGGCAGAAAGCAGAAGCUGCAUCAGGCUGAAAAGGUCCAAGUGUACUUCAAUCGUUGUGGCGAACUAAUAGCCUGGGCUAAGGAGAUGCAUGCUCUGAUUAUAUCUGAAGAGCUGGCAAGUGAUCUUCUUGGAGCUGAGCUGCUUAUUAAGCGCCAUGGCGAGUAUAAGCGUGAUAUCGAAAAGCAGUGGUUUAAAUAUGAAGAUCUGGAGCAAACUGGAAACAACCUGGUGAUGGGUGGCCAUUUUAUGUCUAUAGAGAUUCAGGAGAAGCUCUCCGAACUGUUGGAGCUGAUGACAAAGGUGCAGGAAUCAUGGGACCUGAAGAAGAACUUGUAUGAGGAAAAUUGGGAGAUCCAGUUACUGGGAAGGGAACUGGAUCUAGCUGAAACAUGGCUGACAGCCAAGGAGGGAUUUCUCUUAGAUCCCAGCUAUGGGCAUUCUGUCUCUGACGUUGAGCACCUGUUAAAGAAACAUCAAGACUUCGAAAAAAUGAUCCAGGCCCAAGAGGAGAAGUUUGCACAACUGAACAGGAAGACAAAGACAGAAUUGAAGCUCCUGAAACAACUUGAUAUUGAGCAGAAUGAAGAAAGAGAGAGAGGAAAAUUGAUCAAGGUCCCCUCUCUAAGAAGAAGAUACUCAGACAGGAGAAUAACGCACACAAGACUGCCAGAUGCAAGGAAAACUCCACAAUUGCCAGUGGUGUCAUCAGCUCCCAACUUGAAGAUAUCCCUGGAGCACGUUGUUUCCACUAAUCAAAAUUCCAAAGAGAACUUUCGCCAAUUCAGUCUUGACUCUAGUAGUACAAAUGCACCUAAGUUGCUUGGUGUGCAAGAUUCAGCUCCAGAAACCCCAAAGACUUCAUUUCCAUCUAACUUGACAUUUGAGCAAAGCAACAGUGAUUUGUUGCAAGCAUAUGUUAGUGAUUUAGAAGCACUGAAGAUGAAACAAAUCUCUCACUCCAAUAUGGAAACCAAAGGCAUAAAGACUGUGCCUAGUAAAGAUACUUCAACUUCUGUACACUCUGAUUUAGCUCCAGAGAGAUUGGAAACUUUUUCACAGGUUUCUGAAACAUCCCAGAGCAUGGAGGGGUUCCUAGAAAAGAAGGAUCAAAUACUACCAGGAAACAACCAACCAAAAACAAGGUCUUGGAACAUUUACUAUGUUAAACUUGGAACACAGAAACUUGAUUUCUACAGUGAUGAAAAGGAAGCAUCUAAGAAUACAGUUCCAAUGUUGUCACUCAGCACAACAAAAGCCAAGUGUGAGAUACUGAAAGGAUAUUCUGAGAAAGAACAUGUUUUCAGCUUAAGACUAAGUGCUGGAUCAGAGUACUAUUUUGCAGCACCUUCUCAGAAGCUAAUGAAGGAUUGGCUGCAAGCAUUAGGGGAGCAUCAUGGUAUUCAGAGUUCUUCACAGAGAGAAUUUUUAGAUACACCAAAUCCAGUGAGACCUCAACUGAAACCUUGGAUCCCUACAGCUGGAGGCUCUAGUGAAAGACAGACUACCAAAGGUUUCCUUCCAAGGAGAACUCCUUCAUUCACAGUUACACGUGGAAAAAAACCUAUUGAAGGUCUUCAUGAGUUACAAGGAUUGCCACAUGGAUUUAGUGUAGCCUUUGUGCAAAAUUCUGAGGAUUCUGAUGCUACUUCUAUGACCUCCACAGAGUCUGAUCCAUCAACUUUAUUGAUGCCUAGUCCAUCAGAUGUCUCUGAAAGCUAUCUCAAACUACAGCCUUAUCCUAACAGAGAAGACAACAAAGAAAUAUGGGGGCAAACAGACCAAGAAACCAAAGCUGAACUAACAACAACUGAAUUUAAAACAAGCUAUGACAGUUUCCAAAUUCCAGAAGUAAAAGAGCCAGAGCCAGAUUUAAAGAAACAGAAGAAAAAGAAAGAGAGGAAUGUCUUUAAAAAACUUUUUAGUAAAAAAUAAGAGCAAAGGAAAAAAUUACUGGAUAUGCUGGGUUUUUCUCUUCAUGCCACCGCAUUGCCUUCAAAUGUUCAUAAAACACAGAGACUAUGUAUAUUGGAGAGGGUUUCUGAACAAAAAGCACAAUGAAAGCCACUGUCUAUAAUUAAGCACAAUGUCUGUUUAUAGUGCCAUUUUAAUUGUAUACAUUUCAUGCCCAUAAAAUGCAACUGUGAGAUCUUGAAUAAAAAAAUUUAAAUCA